UUAACUAACUCCAGAAGAUGGCAGUAGUGCAACAUUGAGGAUGCAAGCUGCCGUAUAAACCCAAAGAAGAAGAAGAAGACAGUCAACAUGGCGUUCAGUUUUGGCGGCGCCACGAGUAAUCCAGCAGCAAGCACGUCCGGGUUUUCAUUCGGUUCAUUUGGUGCCAAAACCACAGCAGCAUCAACAGCAGCAUUUGGCUUUGGACCAGCAGCCACCACCACCACCGCCGCCUCAUCCGGAUUCGGCACUCUUACCGCCCCUGGUUUUGGGGCAGCCACCACCACUGCUGCUGCACCAGCCACAGGAUUUAGUUUUGGCUCCACCAACACUGGAUUUGGGGGGCUGGGAGCUGGAAACACCACGGCUGGCACGUUUGGUGGAUUUGGAACAAAUACAACAACUGCCACUGCACCAGGGUCCACCUUUAGCUUUGCUACUCCCUCUAACACCACAGGAAGCCUGUUUGGUAACACGCAGAACAAAGGCUUUGGGUUCUCCUCUGGGCUUGGCACUGGGACCACUGCUGGGACAUCAGGAUUUGGAACUGGAUUAGGAACAACUGGCCUGGGUGGGUUUGGAGGCUUUAAUAUCCAGCCAACUCAGCAGCAGCCAGGAAGCUUGUUUGGCCAGCAACAGGCUCAGCCCAGCCAGCUUUACCAGCAGGUCACUGCUCUGUCAGCUCCCACCUUGUUAGGAGAUGAGCGUGACUCCAUCUUAGCCAAAUGGAACCAAUUGCAGGCUUACUGGGGCACUGGGAAGGGCUACUACAGCAACAACAACCAACCGGUUGACUUCACCCAGGAGAACCCAUUCUGCAGGUUCAAGGCGGUGGGGUAUAGCUGCGUCCCAGUGAGUAAGGAUGAGGACGGUUUCGUGGUCUUGCUUCUCAAUAAAAAGGAAGCUGAUGUGCGAGCUCAGCAGCAGCAGCUGGUGGAGUGCCUCCACAAGGUCCUGGGAAGCAACCAGACACUCACUGUCAAUGUAGACUGCGUCAAAGCCUUGCCCAAUGACCAGACAGAGGUGAUCAUUUACGUGGUGGAACGUUCUCCCAAUGGCACCUCCAAACGGAUCCCCGCCACCACACUCUUCAGUUAUCUAGAGCAGGCCAACAUCAAGAUCCAGCUCACACAGAUUGGAGUGGCCAUGUCUGUCACGCGCACAGAGCUGUCUCCAGCACAGCUCAAACAGCUGCUGCAAAAUGCACCUGCAGGAGUGGACCCUAUCAUUUGGGAGCAGGCCAAGGUGGACAACCCUGACCCAGAGAAUCAUCGGAGAAAUGCUAAACAUGUUAACAAUAGUCCUUACUACUGUUUUUACUCACUUACAAACACAAAUAUGGACUUGCAGAUUAUUUCCAGUGAUAUCAGUGAACUGCAGAAGAACCAGGCAACCACUGUGGCCAAGAUUGCCCAGUACAAGAGGAAGCUGAUGGAUCUCUCUCACAGGGUGCUGCAGGUGCUGAUAAAACAGGAAAUUCAAAGGAAAAGUGGUUAUGCUAUCCAAGUGGAUGAGGAGCAUCUCAGGGUGCAGCUGGACACCAUUCAGUCUGAACUCAAUGCCCCCACACAGUUCAAGGGUCGGUUGAAUGAAUUAAUGUCCCAAAUCCGCAUGCAGAAUCACUUUGGAGCUGUGAGAUCAGAAGAACGCUACAGUGUUGAUGCAGACCUUCUCAGGGAAAUCAAACAACACUUGAAACAGCAGCAGGACGGUUUAAGUCAUUUGAUCAGCGUCAUCAAAGAUGACUUGGAAGACAUCAAACUCAUAGAGCAUGGGCUGAGUGACAGUGGACACAUGAGAGGAGGCAAGCUGAGCUGAGUCUACCCUACCAGCACACACAUACAUAAGCUCCGACUCUCAAUACCAAUCCUUUGAGUCAACCUGUCCUUUUUGUCAUGGUAUUGGAUUAUUCUAGAAGCAAACAUUUUCACCAUUUAGGUUUGAUCAUAGGAGGGCCUCUGCAUUUGGAGAAGGUAUUCUCUUGAUCACCAUUUUUAUCAGGACUUUGCCCCACUAUCUUUACCAGCCAAACAAUGACUGGUUAAUCUGUGCUUUCCAUACUGAUAUAGGGGGAGCUUAAUGGAAAGACUCAACAUCGUCUAAUAAUAGCUAGCUUUUGUUAUGGUAAAUCAGAUUAUGGAUAUGAGACAAUGAUUGUGACUGGCAUGUAAACAAGUCGUGGGAUUGAAAGUGUGUUGUGAUUGAAUACAUUGUAAAUACAUCUUUGUAUUUCUUUUUUAUGCAGAUGUUAAAAUGUUAAUAAAUUUCAUUUAAAAUGAAACCAG